UGUUCAGCACAGGGGGUCCGCCCGGCCCCGCAGAGACCCAGCCUCAGUGCCCUGCUCUGCCAGACCCCUCCCCGCGUGCCCCGGCCACGCUGGUUAUGAGGGGCCCAGCCAGCUCAGGUCCCGGAGCAGCAGCCGCAAGACGAGAUCUGGGUGCAGGAAUCCCUGGGCCAGGUUCUCUGGCCUACGCCGCGGGUCAGACCAUUGACGGUGCCAUCUGUCCUGGGCAAAGCCCCUGCAAAGCUGAGUCAGGCAGAAUUAGCCCCCUGCAGGCACAGCCAGGCCAGGUGGGACUUGCCUCGCCCCUGAAUAACAGCCCCCAACUCUCAUAGCCAUCUCCAACGCAGUGUUGCCCCGUCUCCCAGCGGGGAAACUGAGGCAGAAAGCGGGGCCGUGCCCCGCCCCAUGUCUCUCAUGGGCAGGGAACGCCUCUUUCUGAGUGCCAGGCUGGAGCCCUGCCCCGAGCCCUCCGACUCCCUGUGGUUGGCCAGGCGCUGCGGGACACACAGGCAUGGCGUGGGUGGGCGUGGUGGGGGCAGGCAGCCGUGCGGCCAUGAGCCUUGCUCUCCUCUCCUGCCCUGCAGGGUGAAGGCCAAGAAGGGGGUUAACCUCCUCAACACCAAAUCCCGGAGCCACCAGUGGCUGGUGACCUCGGAGCUGCUGACGGGCGGGAAGCACUCCACCGCCACCGUCGACGUGGCCAAGGUCGAUGGCGCGCUGCCCAGGGACGGCGACUCCUACGAGAUCCUGCAGCUGGACUUCGAGAUGGAGAAUUUCACCAGCCAGUCGGUGACGCGGCGCAUCAUGUGGCACAUCGACUACCGGGGCCGCAACCCACCGCCCGACCUGGAGAAGGUGGUGACGGAGCUAACGGUGAUCCAGCGGGACAUCCGCGCCAUUGUGCCCCUGGCCAUGGACACGGAGAUCAUCAACACAGCCAUGCUGACGGGCCGCACGGUGGCCAUCCCCGUGAAGGUCAUUGCCAUCGAGACCUCCGGCGUCAUCACGGACGUCUCGGCCAUGGUUGAGUGCAAGUCCCACAACGAGGACAUCAUCAAGGUGUCCAGCAGCUGCGACUACGUCUUUGUGAGCGGGAAGGAGACGCGCGGGUCCAUGAACGCCCGGGUGACCUUCAGCUACGAGCACCGGAGCGCCCUGCUGGAGAUGACCAUGUGGGUGCCCAAGCUGCCGCUGCACAUCGAGCUGUCGGACCCCCGGCUGAGCCAAGUCAAGGGCUGGCGGGUGCCCAUCCUGCCGGACAGGAGGUCCGUGCGGGAGAGCGAGGACGAUGAGGAUGAGGACGAGCGGAAGCAGAGUCGGGGGGGCCCCCCGGACGAUGAGGAUGAGGACGAGCGGAAGCAGAGUCGGGGCUGCACCCUGCAGUACCAGCAUGCCACCCUCCAGGUCUUCACCCAGUUCCACACCACCUCCUCGGAGGGCACCGGCCAGGUCAUCACCAUGCUGGGCCCUGACUGGCUGGUGGAGGUCACCGACCUGGUCAGAGACUUCAUGAAGGUGGACGACCCCCGGGUGGCCCAGCUGGUAGACAGCAGCACGCUGGCUGGGCGUGAGCCGGGCACCACGCUCUUCAAGGUGGUGUCCCCGCUGACGGAGGCCGUGCUGGGGCAGACGGCGGUGACGGUGGCGGACGAGAAGGUCAGCAUCACGGAUCUGAAAGCCCAGGUGGUGUCCAGCCUGUCUCUCUCCCUUCAUCCCAGCCCCGGCAACAGCCACACCAUCGUGGCUAAGACUGCCGCCCAGCAAACCCUCAACUUCUCCAAGCAGGAAGCCCUCCUGAGCGUGUGGGUCUCGUACAGCGAUGGCACCUCGACCCCCCUUUCCGUCUAUGAGCCCAGGGACUACAACCUGGUGGUGAGCAGCCUGGACGAGAAGGUGGUGUCGGUGACCCAGGACCGGGCCUUCCCCCUGGUGGUGGCGGAAGGUGAGGGGGCGGGCGACCUGCUGCGUGUCGAGUUGGUCAUCUGCGAGAGCUGCCAGAAGAGCAAGCGCAAGAGCGUGCUGUUCACGGCGCUGGCGGGCGUGCGGGGGCCUCCCUAUGACUACGGGGACGCCGGCCACGUGCCGAGCAAGGCGGGGUCCUCUGGGAGGGAGCAGGGCGCGGCCGGCACCACCCUGCGCAGCCAGGACAGCGGCGCUCCCAGCGUCCCCCACACCACCGAGGACUUCCCCACCCUCCCCACGGGCUUUGUGCAGGUGCCGCGGGGGCUGACGGACUUGGAGAUUGGCAUGUACGCCCUGCUGGGCGUCUUCUGCUUGGCCAUCCUGGUGUUCCUCAUCAACUGCAUCGUCUUUGUGCUCAAGUACCGGCACAAGCGCAUCCCGCCCGAGGGCCAGACCAACAUGGACCACUCCCACCACUGGGUCUUCCUGGGCAACGGGCAGCCCGUGCGGGCCCAGAAUGACCUUUCCCCUCAGCCCGAGAGCCCCGGCAACCCGCUGGAGAGCGUCCAGACCUGCUGCCACGGGGACCACCACAGUAUCACUGUGGUACCUCCGGAGUUCAGGAAGGAUCCACACUUGGAGCAGCAGAAGCAGCUGGUGCACGAGCUGGCGGAGCAGUUUGAAGCCCAGCAGGACUGGUGGAGGCAACAGUAUGGGCCGGCGCGGAUGGCGACCUCAGGGCCUGCGACGGGUGAAGGAGACAAAGGCGGGGGUCCCUUGAUGGCCCCCGUUAGGCUAGCCAAGAUGGGGCCUGACAACGACCCAGAGGCAUUCCUAACCACAUUUGAGCGGGUCGCAUCCGCUGCGAGAUGGCCUGAGGACCAGUGGGCUACCAUAUUAGCGCCGUACCUGACGGGACCAGCCCAGAUGGCUUAUAGGAGCUUGGGCAUACGUGACGCGUUACACUAUUACAAAGUGAAAGAAGCCGUUCUGGACCAGCUCGGCAUCACUCCCGAGACGUACAGACAGAAAUUCCGAAGAGAACGGUACACAACGGGAGAGCGGCCAAGGGCUAUAGCCCAGAGACUAUGA